AGUCAUCUACACUCUUAACUAAUACCGACUAUAGUAUUAUGUAUAGUACUAUAUGUACUAUAUCUAUUAUCUAAGCCCUAGGCAGUUUCAUACACAGCAGAUGAUGUCCCUUCUGUGAUGAUGGUCUGACACCAGCAAAGUGAACAAUGCUAUAAUCAAUAUGAUAAUAUAUACCGGUAUAGGGACUGUCAAACUGGCAUCAUCUGUUUGAAUUGUGGACUAUGUCUAGAAGCUGUGCACUUGAUAUCUUCAUUUGAAAUACUCCACAUUCAGCAGUAUGUCCUCAACACCAGAAAUCAGACCUAAAUCUGCUUUUUGCCAGAAGGUGUACAGUUGCAUCGAUACCAUACAAAUUUAUUUUGUGGAGAUAGCACUAUUCUUUUUCUUCCUGAAUCGGCAUAUGUCACUGCCUUUAUUUCAAGAGUAUGUUGAGUCUCAGAUCUACAUUCAACAUGGGGUCUCCUUUCCAGGUUUUGGAGACAUGGGCAAAAACACAAGUCUAUCGGAUCCUGCUUGGGAUAAAGCCCACCAUGAAAGUGUUCUGGCAGUGCUUGGAUUACAGAUUGCGGAAGGACUUCCAGCCAUUGUGACAGUUAUUAUACUGGGUGCAGUCAGUGAUAAAACGGGGCGACAUAAAAUUCUGCUUUGGCUUCCAGCUUUGGGGAGCUGUGUUCAUUCCAUGAUUUACAUUCUUAUUCUCUACACGCAGUGGAAUAUUGAUGGACUGUUUCUAGCUGCAGCACUCAGAGGUCUCAGCGGAAGUAUGACAGCGUUCUUAGCCGGCUCGUCUUUCUAUGCCAUAAAUAAUGCCAAACCUGAACAUAGACUGAAUCGACUUGCGGUCCAGGAGUUUUUGAUUGGUGGCGCGUAUGCUGUUGGAAACAUCAUGGUGGGAUUCUGGGUAAAGGAUGCUGGCUUUUUAAAGCCGUUCUGGUUCACUUUAAUCUGUGGUCUCAUAUCGUUUUUGAUAUCUUUUUUCCUGGUACAAGAAACAAGGACAGGUCAGGAGAGCCAACACCAGACUAUAGUUAGACGACAGAAUGACAUCAACUGCUGUACAGAUACCUUUGGACCACUGGUCAAGUACUUAAAAUGUUUUGGUAACUCUACAUUGACCAGGAUCUGGCUUGCCAUAUUAGUGUUUCAGGCUUACGCCUUUGUUCACAUUGGACAGAUUAACACUCUUGUACUGUACUUAAGUCAGCAAAAAUAUUUAUUUGCUUUGGACAAUUCAGUGACUGGUGGAGGCCCCUGGGCAAAAAUUGGACUGUUCUUGGCUGUCAUCAUGGCAGUAGCUGCCCUUGCCACUGGAGUUUGUGUUCCAAUAUUCCAGAAAUUUCUGUCGGAUACAAAAAUUGUCUUCUUAGGAUUCGCCUCUAAGGCUUUGGGAACUUUGUGGAUAGCUGUAAUCCGAAAUGAAACCAUUCUCUAUUUUGCUAUUCUACUCCUUGCUUUUGAACUGUUUCCAUUUCCGAUUCUUCGAGCCAAAGUCGCCAGAAAUGUGAGUCCAUCAGAGCAAGGAACUGUCUUUGCCAUGAUGCACUGCGGAGAGAGUAUCACCUACUUCUUAGCUCCCUUUAUGUUCUCUGUUAUUUAUGCCUCAACGAUGUCUUUCUAUAGCGGGUUUGUGUUCAUAGUCUCUAUGAUAUUCCUGACCAUCCCAGUAGUUCUACUCAUAUUGCUCCAGUUUGUGGAGGCACGGUGUCCCAAUGGUUAUCAAGAAAUGGAGAAUGAAAGCUGCUCUGUGACCGCACUACCAAUAAAUGAAACUGAAGUACAGAACCAAUCUAUUCUGACAGGGGAGCCCAUCAGUUUUAUCAGCUUAACUAAAGAAUCAAACGCAGAAGUGUAAAGUUUUAGUAGUAAAGUAAAGUGUAAAUUUUUGACCUACAAAGUUGUGUUUUAUGGAGCAGACCUAAUCACUUGACUACUCAAGAAUAUUGUUUGAACUAGCAGAUCUAAUUAAAUCUUAUAUAAUACAGGCGUUACUUCAAAAAAGAAGAUGAUUACGUCAUGCUAAUUAAUUAACAUUAGUAAUAAGUAUUUAAUUUCACUCCUUUUUGAAAGAAUACUAUGUUAAAAAAAGAACUGAUAUAGUUGGCAGGGACAUAUGAGAAAGUCAGAAUUGAACUGGCCAUUAUUUAUGGUAUUACUUUAAUGGCGUCCUUACAGGAAAAUAUAUUAGCCCGUCUAUUAUAAAGCUUUUGAAUUAAAAAAUAUAAAAAAUCUUAAUUUAUCAACAUUCAAUCAAUUCUUUCAGUGUUUAUUUUUAUCAACUCUGAAUCUAUACAUUAAAUAUAAAAUCAGCUUAAAAGCAAAUAUUGACUAUGAUUAAUAAAAUCAGAAUGUUUAAUUUUUGGCUGCAAUAUAAAUUUUACGAGAGAAAUGACUCACAGAUAGUAAUUUAUUUCUUAAUAAUUUAGAUGUAUAGCAUAACAUUCCAUCUUUUUAUUUUUUGCGCUCAUUUCAGUUACUUUACUACAAUACUUUAGGAGGUGCUGUGGCUGAGGGUUAAAGCGCUUAGCUUCUGAACUGGGGGUCCCGGGUUCAAAUCCUGGUGAAGACUAUGAUUUUUAAUUUCUGGAUUUUUGGGCACCUCUGAGUUCACCCAGCUCUAAUUGGUACCUGACAUUAGUCUGGGAAAAGUAAAGGCGGUUGGUUGUUAUACUGGCCACAUGACACCCUUGUAUUAACCAUGGGCCACAGAAACAGAUGACCUUUACAUCAUCUGCCCUAUAGAUCGCAAGGUCUGAAAGGUUAACUUUACUUUACUACAGUACUGUACUAACUGCAAUUAAUAAAAUGCUUGAUGCCAAUUUAAAAUGUUUUGUUUAAGUAAAGAGUAGAGUAUGCAGGACAGUUGGAUAUUUGAUAAGUGUUUUUAAAGUUAUAUAUAUGAAUUGCUAGACCUAAUUUAACAUUACUUGUAUUGCGCUAGACUUAAUUUUAAAGUAUUUAUAUUGCUAUUUUAAGUUUUACAGUACUUGUAAGAUGAGCUGAAUACAAAAUGUGUAUUACUAGGUUUGUUUUACGGAGGGUGCAUUACUAUAACAAUACAUUAUAGCACUAGAUUUAGUUUUACUGGACAUGUAUUACUAGGUUUAAGUUGACUGUACUUGUAUUAUCAGAAAAAUACCAAUUUAAUACAUAAAGUUAGUCACUCAAGUUCAGGGUUUCUUAAUGUGUACUAAUGUCUCAUAACUGCCCCGACUUUUUCUAGUCCGUUGUGCUCAUUUAUUAAGAGUAAAUAUUUAUACAUAGAUCUAAAUGUUUGUACUUGUAUGUACUCACACAUAUUCACUUUAUUUAUACAUAUAUAAUAGGAUUUAUAAGUGUUUGUUAUGUUUUUCUAAUAUUGUGUAGCAUCAGCAUUUACCAUAAAUUAGCUUUAAACGUAAUGUUAUACUUAUUAUUAUUUGGAUUCUCAUAGUUUUGUUAUUUUUUAUGUAUUGAUUUUAAUACUGACUAUAAUAUAAUAAAAGGAACAACUUACCUUUGUAAUUCCUUAACAGGUACAGGGGAAUAUAUUAUAUAGAUCAUCAACACAUAGCAAUUUACUAAACAAACUUGCAUUACGUUUUCUUUCAUUUUAGACAUAUGUUUAUAAAAAUAAAGCAUAAUAUUUAUCAGUUUUAUUGAAAGGAAGUGGGGGUAGACAAUAAAUUAAUCACGCAUCAUCUGUCAACUCUGUUUACAAAAAGGCCAGUGUGGGCUAGUAAUGACAUGCUAAUAAAAUCAUGAUAUAAUUCUCAACUUUGGGCUGUCAAGUAAAUCUUUUUAUAUUGUGGACUCUACACUACAAUAUGUUGAAUGUAUUCUGUUAACAUUAAAAAAAAACAAAUCAAAUUAAAGCUUAAUUUAAAAUAUAUUUAUCAUUAUUUUCAAGCUUGCCAAUAAAACAGCUGGUACAUAUGUUUUGAUGUAUAUCAACAUUGGUAAUGAGUUGAAAUUUUUAUCGUUAUUUGAAAAUGAAUUUCUUUCUUUAAAAAAAGGGUCUGCAAUAAUUCGGAUAUAAUUUAUCUUUGUGCACUGCUUGGUCUUUAUUUCUUUAUUGUAGAAAGUUUGUAACACCACAACGUCCCUUUUGGACUAUUCCUUGGCCAGAGUUGUAGAACUGCCAUUCUCAAUCAAUUAUUCUUAAUUAUUUUAUUAGUCUUGUUUUUUAACAGUAAAUAAUAGUCACACUUUUAUUUGACCAGUUGUAUAAUUUGUUUUGCUAAGAAUUUAGGUCAAGAUCUUUGAUUAAAACCCUGUGUUCUGUUUUGCACUUGAUAUGUUGUUGUUUCAACCAUCAAAAGCAAUCUUUAUUCACUAGAUACAGUCUAACCUUUGACCCAAGUGGAGUUGUUCGUAAAGCAAGUUUCUCAAACAUACUUGUAUGCACAUCUCAUAGCAAUCUCUUUUCAUUAGUAUGAUGUGUGCCCCCGACAUGAUAUCUGCAAAGUUCUUUCAAAAGCAAAUAAGUGUCCCUUUGGGCUUUGAUCUGUUUUAGAUAUAAACAUUUGUCUUAGUAUCCUUAAUGUAGUCUUGUGACAUGAUGGAAUAUUGAUAGAAAGAUGUUCAAAAUUAAACCAAAAAAAAUGUAAUGUUCUUAUUCUUUCUGAACUUUCAUGCAUGCAUUUUUAUAUCCAUGUGCUGUGUACUGGAAUGCGUCAAUCAAAAUCAACCAAAUGUACAAAUCAGCUCGCAAAACAUAUCAUAAGCUUUACUGAAUGGUGUCGUUGUUGUAUGGUUACAAUGUAUUGACUUUGUUUGAAUCAAAAGUAUUAUUGUUAACUAAAUCUAAUACAAACAAAUCAUUUCCUAUGCACUUAUUUAUUGUGAUUAUAUUUUGAAAUAAUGACAUCUCCCCUCCCUCCUUUUCCACAAAAACUUUUAUUUAAUUGUUUGGAUUUUCAAUUUUUUAUCUUUUUUAUUUAUUUGUGUGUGUAAAAAUAAAUCUUUGUCACCCUAGUAUUCUAAAUUCUGGAAACAAAAUGAUGAGCGUUUUUCAAACCUGGAGUUAGAAAAUAGAUUAUACCUAAUCAGAUGAGUCAAUAAACCUUUGUUUAGCCUUUACUUAGAAGACCCUCAUCACAGAGCCUUCUGCCUACAUUAUGUUUGUUAACAGCGCUCUAUAAAUUAAAUUAUUAUUAUUAAAAGAAACAAACAGACAAAACAAUGUUUAAAUCUCUUAACAAAGUGAAAGGUGUAACAUUGAUAGAAAUGUUUUCGUUUCAUUUUCAUUCCAAAGCUGUACCGUGACUGCUCUAGAAUACAAUUAGUUGCUGAGUUAGCAGCAGACAUUUGUGAUUGUUUGCUUGAUAUCCUAAACAUUGUGAUCAAAUGUAUUGUGUAACACUACUAUGUAACAUUGUUACAUGCUGUAUGCAUUUCAUUCUUGUAAGUUUUUUACAUUCUUGAAGUAUGUGAUAACUUAGAACAUGAAGUGAAAAAAACUUUUAAGUUCCACAAUAUUUACUUGUAAACAGUUGUUCAGUUUUGUUUAAUUUGAUUUUUAGAAAAUGUUUCUGAGAAUCUCUGUGAGAUUCAUAUUCAUGAGCAUUGUUUAAUUUAUUUGCUUUAUUUCAAUUUGUAAACAUUUUAAUAUUAUUUGUAUAUUUUAGUCAUAAUAAUGAAAUAAUAAAAUGUGUGAACAUUUGAGAACAUAUUUCAAAUCUGUAGUAGAAAUAAAUAAGAUGUGAUCUGUGGCACUAACUUUAGGCUUGUGGUAAAUCAGACACUUGAAAAUCAGGUCAAAUGUUCACUUGCAUAAUAGUUGUAAAAAGAAAUGUGCAUGAAAUGCUUAUUUAGACUGAGAUCGGCCAGUGUCCCAUUCUUUGCCUUCAUUGACAGACUACAGUGAUGUAAAUAUUGUCAUAUUUAAAAAUGUUUUUUUUUUAAGCCAACUUUGUAUUGUGAUAUGUCAAUUUGAUGUGAUGAUAACUGUGUAGGAAAUGUAUCAUCUUAGAAAUUACAAAAGUUGUAAAUAGAAGAGAGAUAUUUACAGUAGGAAUACCAUGUUUAAAAAGAAAACAAAAACGUGCCAGCUGACAGACCUUGUACUACAGCGGUUCUUAACUUUUUUUGCUCGGCUACCCCUUAUUAUAAUCCCCCACUCUGCCGCGACCCCCACCCACACAGCAAUAGAAGAAUAGACAAUAACAAUCCAUAUUUUCGAUGGUCUUAGGCGACCCCUGGCAAAUUGUCAAUCGACCCCCCCAAAGGGGUCACGACCUACAGGUUGAGAACCCCUGUUGUACUAGAUUCUCUCCCCUUACCUCCAUCAGAUUUGUUUGUGAUUGACCAGUCUGUAGACUUUUUUUCAAACCCAUGAACAAUAGGUGUUGUUUUUUUUUUGACAAUGAUUGUCAAGUGCUUUUAAGUGAGACCACUUUCUGUAUUCUAACUAUUGAUCUGAUCAUUUUCUGUCCAUUUGAUUUGUCUAUAAAGCAUGCAAAUGGAAACACCUUGAGCAGUAACAUCUUGAUAAAAUGCCAUUUCCAUUUCUGCAGGUUCUCUGAAUGUUGAAGAAUUAAUCGUAAUAUUUAUGUGUGAAAACAUUUUUAAAAAUUUGUAGUUCAUUUAAAACUUAUCUUGAAAAUAUUUAUUGCUUAAAAAAUAAUUAUCUAGUUUCAUUGAAAGUAUAAUUGUUUUGGAUUUCUAUAAAAAAAAUUGUGGCAUCCCACGUGAACACAUAAACUCAUGAACACAUGAACACUAGACAUUUGCUUUCUUUUUUUUAAUCCCCUCAUAUUAGCUUGCAAACUCUUCAUGGGUGGGUGGACGGGGAUUCUGAAAAUAGCUCUAACGGUUUUCAUGGAAAAUUGACAAAUUAUCUAUAUAUUGGAGAAAAAAUUACUUUCUCAUUGACCACACAGGAAAAACUCUGGUUGAACAAUUUUUUUUUUUCAAAAUAUAAUCAUCCUAAGCUUAAAUUUGGUCUGGAGAAUCUUGAACACACCUUAUUAGAAAUUCCUGCAUAUAUUCACUAAAGAUUUUUUUAUAAACAAACUGUGUAUAAUGAAGUCACAAAGGCUUGGAUUCAUUGGAUUUUUUUGUAUGGUAUGCAGCCCAUGAUGUGUGUCUGAAUUUUAUUUGGCCCUCGGGCUGAAACAGGUUUGGCAUCACUAGCCUAAAGGAUGAGUCUGGCUUGAUUGAUAUAGUCAUGAAUUAUUGUUAAUCUAUGGAAGACAAGAAGACGAAGAAAAUGAUAUUGUCCGUUGACUCCCAAGUGGUCAGUGUGGUCAGUGGAUGAGUUCAGCAAUAGUAUUGUAUGGUCAACAUCUACUUAAUUCCAUUAUUAUGAGGUUUCAUUGCACAGUUAGUUGAGCUAUAAAUAGUUUUGCUGUUGAUUAGGAGGUCUCUGGAUCAAGUCCUUGUGGAGGCACAGAAUUGUUGUAAUAGAGAUUAGCCAGCUCCAAAUGUUUAACUUCCCCUAAAAGAAAAUAAACUUCCUCUAACUAGUUGAAAUAAAGCUAGAUAGUCUUCUUCGUUCUCAUUGUUAUGUUGGAGCGUUCAGAUGACUAGACCAAUAUAUGAGAUGAACUGCGCAGGGAGCUCUCCAGGUGUUUUGGGGCCAAUGUCUUAUACGGGCCUCUUGGUAAAGAGAGCAGUUUUGGAGGACGUGGUCGGCAUUUUCUGGUGAUACUCCACAUUGGCAGAUUUCACUGGUUCCAAUUUUGAGCUUCCGGUACAUGUGUUGUCGCAUUCUGUUGUGUCCGGUCCUGAGUCGAAAGAUUAGACGUUGGUCUUGUCGGGAUAGCUUAUAGUAAGCGUCAUCUUUCUUGUGAUUUGGAUGAGAGCUCGUCCAUUUGUCAUUUAUUUUAUUUACAAUUAAUUUCUUCAGUUCUUCUGGAUAGAGUGCAUAGUCAUUGUGUGAGCCUUUUGCUACAGAUCUGAGUUUAUGAUCAUUUGGCCCUUUACAUAUAUUUAUUGCCCCUAUCAAAUCAAUCUGCUCUGUCAUUCAUUACGCCUGCUCUUCUUUUCCAGACCUUGCCUCAUGCCAUUCCAUGAAUUUGAUUUUGUUCAUAUUCUUUUCAUUACAAAAAAAAAGAUAUAUAAAAAAAAUCUCUACAAAUAUUUCAUACCUAGACUUGUUCAUGUCUCUACAAAUAUUUCAUACCUAGACCUGUUCAUGUCUCUACAAAUAUUUCAUACCUAGACUUGUUCAUGUCUCUACGAAUACUUCAUUGUUGAAGCUUGUUCACUUGACAUGUUCAUGUACUUAAAAAAAAGUCUUUGUGACUCAAGUCCCCCCUUUUUUUCCCCCCUACUUUUACAUAAAUGAAGCAAGCUUUUUUUUUUUUUUGUUAGAAUGCUAUUUUAUAUUAGAUCAACAUUAUAUUUGAUAGUUCACAAUUACUGAUCGUAAUUAAAAUUUAUUAAAAGUCAUUUAUUUUUUCAUUCGCCUGCUUUUUUUUUUAACCAGGGGAGGUAAUCAUUUUUGUAUUACAUUGCUUUGACUCACUUUAUUACGAAUAAAUCUACACUCAUA